CCUAGCUCAGCACUGCCUGUGUGCUGGGCCCCUCGCCGGCCUCGGCGCCGGAACCAACCUCCGAAGAUAGGGCGUGAGCCAGGUGGGCUGAGGGCGCGGUGACUAACUCUGCCCAAAGGCAGUGAAGUGGCUUCCAGAGAAGGUGUCCUGAGCCAGGUCGAGGAGGCUGAGUCAGCGCUUGCGUUGCAGAGGGGAGAGCCUACGGGCGGCCGGUGCGGGCUGUGCACAGCUGCACUGGCCUCCCGGCCGCUCAGGGAGAGGGACCAGCUGGGGCCUGCCUGCGGCCCUGCCUGCGUGUUUCCCCCAUCUCCCCUGCAGGCCUGGGGCUGCUGCACGGUGCCUCCCAGGUCUCCGGGCUGUGGGCACUCCCCUUUCCAGUCUGGCCUGUCAGACGGAUCGUUGCCUUCAAAGGGCCACCACCUUGGCCCCACAGUCGCCCACGUCAAAUCCCGCAACACCCCCUUUCCCAGCUCCUCCAUGCCGCCUGAGCACAACACCUGUACUUCCCAGCCCUCCUCGAGGGCCAGCCCCACUCUCUCUGCACACAGCUCUGUGCCCUGACCUCCUUCCUUUCCAUCAUCACAUCCCAACGGAAAUGUUGGUAGCUAACACUCUGCAUAGCCGGGCCAUGUCCCAGGCGCUGUGCUCAGAGCGUACCUCUCAUAGCAGCCCCCGGCAGUAAGGACGGUUACCAUCAGCCAUUUUUCACAGAUGGGGAGACUGAGGCAGGUACAGUUAGGAAACUUCUCAGGGUCAUACAGCGGGAAAGCCGUGGAGCUAGUUUUAACCGCAGGGUCCUUGCCCUUGACCACUGCAACAUGCCACGUCCACUUCUCCAGCCCCUUCCUCGGCUCGCAUUGUGGUGACAGGCCAGAGGACACCUGCCACUUCAUGCUGAAGGUGCCCUGCUGGUCCCUUGAGGUUUAUUCCUAAGUGGCAGAUAGGAGGACAAGGGCUGUGGCUUCUAUUUCCUUCAUUGAUGUGCAAAUGCUUGAUUAACCUUAUCAAUUGAUCGGCUAUGGAGAGGAGUCCAAGGAUUGAGAAUUGACUCCUCUAGGAGAGGUUCUGGGGUGAGGCCUCUCAGGGCACUGCUGGGCAGGAGGAGUCCCUGACCCCUGGAUGGCUUGGCUCUCUGUCUCAGACUGCAGUCUGAGGCCCUAGGAGCAGGAGAUGGAAGAACUAGAAUUUGAGGAAUGGGACUUCUGUAGGUGCUCAGGAUGCAGCCCCCAAGACCUGCAUUUUCCAGGAGAGCCUUGGGGUCAGGCUGCUUCCUAUUGUCCUUGGGAAUCUUGGGAAUAUCCCAGAAACAGGGUUUUGGCUUCGUGCAGCAGUGUGCUCCAGACCCUGCUCAGGGCACUGAAUAUACAACCUGAACAGAACCCAGUCUCUAUGUUGUGAAACUCACGGUCUAGGGGGAGACAGACAAGGGCACCAAGAAAAAAGUAAAUAUUUGCCAUACCAGAUGGCGAUAAGGGCUCUGGAGGAAAAUAAAGCCAGAUAAAGAGGAGAGGGAAUGUUGGGAGAUGGGGACAUUUGUGUACAGAACUAAAAAAAUCAGGCAGGUUUCUUGGGGAAGAGCAUUCCACACAGGAAACAGCAAGUGCAAAGGCCCUGAGGCAGGCAGAGUGCUCUUAGGUUAGAGGAAAAACAGAAGCCACUGUGGCUGGAGCAGAGGACCAAGGAUGGAGUAGUAGAAUUUGAGGUCAGACAGGUAAGUGGGGAUUCAAUCUGCCAGCGUCUCCGGACCAUGGUAGGGGCUUUGAUUUUCACGCCAAAGUGGGGAGCCGUUGGAAGGUUUUGAUAAGAGAAACAGAAUCUAAUUUAUAAAAUAUUUUUUAAUUACUCUGGCUGCCAUGUUGAGCUUAGGCGACUGCAAUAAUCCUGAUAAGAGAUGAUGGUGGUUUGGCCUGGGGAGCUAGCGGCCUAGGUGGUGAGAAGUGGUCCGACUCUAGAUGUUUUCCCAAGUAUAGCCAGCGGGGCAGGAGAUGUGAGAGGAAGAUGAGGAGGGCUCCAGGACCUAUGCAGCUGGCCAGAUGGAGAAAAGCCCUUUACCGAGAUCGGCAAGACACAGGUGGAACGGGUUUGGAGACUAGCCGGGAGUGUGCUGCUUAUCCCAGGCCACCCCUUGCAACACAGCAAAACUCUUUUGUCAAGCCACGUCUUCCAGUUUGGAGUUGGGAAGACGUGGGCUUUAAAUGGCCAAAAUGCAGGAGGACAGGGGUCAGCAUCUGCUAGGGAGAGGCUGGCUGCAGUCCUGACUUGCCUUUCAUUCAUUCAUGGAAUGAAGGCCUAUGAAACUUAUACCAUGUGCCCAGGGCCGUGCUUAACCCAGGGGACACUGCAGGGAACAAAACUGCCCUCGUGGGCCUUACGUUCUAGUGAGGGAGGGGAGAGAGGUAAGAAACAUGAUAAACAAGGAAAUUACAAAAAGAAUUAGGAGGUGGUGAAUGUGGUGGACACAAAAGUUGUUCGGGGCGAGGGGAUUGGCAGGUGUGGGUGGCAUGGGUGGCGUGGGCAGCAGGGCCAGUGCGGGGGGGGGGCUCUGGGGCUGGAAGGCAGACGGGGGCAGCUGCGCGUGCCUGGUCAGAAGGCCGGGUCACAGUGCAGGCUCCAGGGCACAGCAGGGCUGCCUGAGCCUCACAGACACUUAAGGUCCUGGCCUUCUCCACCAGACAGAUAGAAGCACCACUGGGGUGUGAGCACAGGAGUGACCGGUCGUGUGGCCAGUGGCCCGGCGGAACCCACCUGCCUCCUCCUGCACGCCAGGCAGAGGAGACCAGUGGAGGCCUGCCUUCUCGGGUGAUCAUUUGCCUCUUGCCUGGAGGUGUCUGUCCUAAUGGGCUGAGUGUUUGCAGAGACAACUCCCAGCGGUGGGGGUGAGGUGGGGAGGUGCGAUGUUAGGCCCUGGCCCUCCCUGCUGGGAUGCACCGUCCAAAUAAGCCCUUAUCCCGGAGAGGGGUGUGGCUGCCAGAACUGGAAACAAAGGAGAGUAAGCAAUCAGAAGGCGGCAGCUUGCUGUGCUGAGCAGGGUGAAGCAGUUUUCCUGCAGAGGAAAAACAGGGGAGCUAGCAGCCGCCAAGCUGCUGUUGUGUACUCCCCUGCCCAGCCCCGCCCAGGGCUCCCGUAGCAGGGAGGGUCUGGCUGGGGCGAGGCUGCCUGCCUGAGGACGGCUUCUGGGGGCGUGGGCUGCAGAGCCAGGCCCCUGUGCUUGCACAGCUGUGAUCCCCAAGCAGGCAGGGCCGUUUUGGAAGCCAUCCCCAGCCUCGCAAGGCCUGAGCAAGACAGCACAGCUCUGGUUUUGGUGAAGCUCCAGAUGGUGCCUCUCCUCGCCGAGAACCUUCUCUCUCUCUCCCUGCCUUCUCGUCUCCCUUCCUAAGGGAUCAGACACGGGGCCGGGAAGCCCUGGCCCCCUUCCAGGAGCCGAGGCCCUAGGCCUGUCUCCUAGCCCUCAGCCCAGCUGCUCUUGUGGGCUGUCUAAGCCUGUGGCCGGCUGAGAUGCCGAGCAGGUGUCUGCGGCUGUCUUCGCUCAGCCAGCUCAUGAGCCUCAUGAGACCAUCAUCCCUCAGGCAGUACCUGGGCUCCAAGACCUUGCCACUCUGCCAGGAGCACCAGCCAAAGGCCAGUGCUGGGCUAGACCACAAGGCCUGCUACCUGUGCCACAGCCUGCUGACGCUGGCCGGCGUGGUGGUCAGCUGCCAGGACAUUACUCCAGACCAAUGGGGAGAGCUGCAGCUGCUCUGCAUGCAGUUGGACCGUCACAUCAGCACCCACAUCCGGGAGAGCCCCCAGGCCAUGCACCGGACCAGACUUAAGGACCUGGCGGCCCAGACCUACAUCUGCUGGCAGGACCUGCUGGCCCAUUGCCAGCCCCAGGUGGCGCCCCCUCUGGCCCCUAGACUUGGGAGGGGAGGGAAGUGAUCAGGCAGCCUGACCAGAGC